AUGCCACAUGCCACUCAUGCUGAGCUGAAAAGACCAUCUCAGCCCAGCCCAUUAGCUGCAGGAAGAAAAAGUCCCCUACCGCUGCAUACCAUCCUCCCUCUUCCAAUUAAGGUAUCCAUACACCUGGCCGACGAAAAACCUUUCGAAACCAACGCUGUGCAAGCACAGAUUUACGACGACGACGUCGGUUGGGUUGUCCUCACCGGCCACGAUGCGAGCGGCCGACCAACUAGGACAACGGCUCAGAAAGUGCUGGAGUUGGGUGCCGAGAAUGUUGACAGGAUUCGGCGUGCGAAGUAUUGA